GCAUACAUGUGGAGUUCCAACAUAAUAAAAACAAUGAGAAAGUGAGGAGAAGCAUGACCACGUGUUCUCUCUGGAAACUAAUGUGAAAGAAAGAGUCAAACAGGCAAGAAAAAGCAGGUUAGAUAAGAAUGUGAAGACAAUAUUAUUCAAAUGGAGAAAAAAAAGGGGAAAAAAACCUGCUGCAGUCGUCUGUAAAACAGCCUGACAGGAGGCGGUGAGACUCAGAGAGAAAAGAAGUAUCUGGCAACAAGGUGAAGAAGGAGCGCAUUAACAAGGGAAUAAGAGCUAAACAAAAGAGUGAAGCCCCAGCACAUUUGAUGUCUGAACCAUGAACCUGAGCUUGAUGUUUGCCUACUUGUUCCUUAUUCACCCUUAUUCAACCAUGGGAGGCAGAGCUCAACGCAGACAAAGACAAGCUGAAGAGACUCUGAGACCGUAUGUUGGCAGAGUGGAGCCAGAAAAGCUUUGUGCACUGUUGAAAUGUCAUAGCCCAACUGGAUCUUGGUGCCAAGUAGUUAAAGAAAAUGGAAUCCUUAUACCCAAGUGUGUCUGUCCUCAGUCAUGUCCACGGCAGAGGGCAUUGGUGUGCAGCGUUCUAGGAAAGACCUAUGGGAAUGAAUGUUUGCUUCACAAAGAAGCCUGCAGAAAGAGACGACGCAUCGGACUGGCUCACACAGGACCCUGUCUGGUCCCUAAGGCUAAAUGCUCUGAGGAGGAGUUAGGUCAGUUUCCAUAUCGUCUCUUGGACUGGUUUCUGCUCCUGAGUCGUAUGGGAGAGUCUUAUACACCUGCAGCCCCGCCCCAGAGCUGCCUCAACCACGCCCAGAGGACACAGCUGGCACAGCAAGAAUUUACUAUUUUGGACAAGAACAAAGAUGGCAAGUUGAGCCGCAGGGACCUGAGGAAGCUGCAUUACAAGAAGAUGCCUUUGGAGUAUUGUGCCACACCAUUUUUCCAGUCAUGUGACCAUAACGGGAAUAAAAAGGUGACCAUGAGAGAGUGGACAACAUGCUUGGUGGAUCGUUCUGAGGCUUGGUUCUAUCAUUUCAUGUCCAUGAAAAUGGGCUCAAGCAAACUGUGUCCUACAAGCAAAGAGAAAGCUGAAAACCAGCCAUGAACUCCUGCAUCUCCUUUGCACACACAUCAUCACAACUACCAGAUUUAAAAAAGAAAAACUUUGGGACACACAGCUCACGUAUGUGUCAAUGCUUGUGAUAAAGUGAUUCACGACAUCACCAAACUGAACGUCUCCUGAUUGUUCUCUGUGCAGCCAUACAGUAUGUGUCCUCAAACAGGACAAUUAAUUGUCUGAACAGACUGACUACCAUUUACAUUUACUGCUAAUUACAUUGGCUGGCAUUUGUAUAAUUGUGUUGUAAAGGAGCAGAGACAAUAGGCAAUACUAGAAACCAAAUUAGCGUGGUAUGCUUUGAAAAGGGAGGAUGGUAGCAGUGCAGACAAAUAGCAUGAUGUACUGGCCUACAGAGAAUGACAAGCUAGAUUGGAAAGAAAGAUAUGGGUAGAAGAAAUGCUCAGUGUGAGAUGACGUGACCAGAGAAGAAACAAAGGGAUAAUAAAGGGGGGUGAAGUGGAGAAGUGGCAAAAUGUGUCAUAAUGCAAUGGAGGAAAGUGAGGAAUGAGGGCAGAAGGGAAGUAAAGUGACUGAAGGAAAGAGAGUGAAAGUGUGUGUAAAAGAUGGCAAGAAGGAAUGCACUGUAAAUGGGAGUUGAGAGUAAUGGAGUAAUGCAUAAAAAAUGGAUCAGAAAUGAGGGAAAGACUGAGAACAGAGAGUGAGAUGGGGGAAGGGAUGUCUGAGAAAGCAGGGGGAACUGAGGAGAAGAGGAGAAGCAAGAAAAAGAAAGGUUUUGAUGCUUCAAAACAUUUCCUUUGCAGCCAGACAGUCCUGUAAAUAGCAUCUUGGAGUGUGAUGCAGAACAUUUGAAAAAAACUUGACCUCAAGCUUGCUGACUUUAGUGUAUUUACAACAUCUAUAAAACAUGCUGCUCUAAAAACUCU